AUGAGGAAAGAUGUAUAUGCUCCACUGCUGUGUGAAGAUGGAAAGUGGAGCAAGAACAUAGACCCAAAACUACAAAGUCUCCUUGGAGAGUUGGAGGCAGGGCUCGGAAGUGCCCUCAGGAAACAGGACCCCACAUUCAGGGGUAGAGAUGGAGGGGAGGAAAACUUAGGAAGUAUUCUAACCCCAGUCGAUGAGUUUGAUUACUGGGCAGACAAUGCACGUGUGGGUAAGGGUGAUGCCAGGGAGAGGGCUGAACACUUUGUUGAAUUGUUCAAACCUAUAUCGAAGGACUAUGGAGGUCUGGACGCCAUGUCUUUACAAGAUGCUAUGGAGAUAGUAGAUAUCACACAAGAUACGCUGGAUGAUGUGUGGAGACAGACUGAGUUUGAUGUGUAUCCAGAAAAUAGGAUGAGACACCUUAUGGAAUGUAUAGCUGGGUCCCUUGGGCGUUAUGUGCAAAGGAAGUUGUCGGAAGAAAAUCUUUGGUCUGGGCAGUUUGGUACUAUCAAGGAGGCGUUGCGCUCAGGGCAGCUGAUCUGUGAACGCUGGAUAGCAUCAUGUGAGACACUGACAACUCAGUUUUGGAAGAGAUUCAAUUUCCACCCAUGGAAGGGAGAGAAAUGUUCCCCGGAAGGUCUGAAGAAACUUGGUGCCAGAAUAGAGGAGAUUCUCGAGUUACGUAUUGUACAUGACCAGCAGCUGAGGUUGAUGACGUCCCAGGAACAGAAAGAAUUGAGAGUAGAUGAUGCUUUUGCGCCAUUUAUGGGCCUCAAUCCUCUGCAGUACAACCCCUAUACUGCCCCACUGUGGGCGGCGGCUGUCAGUCAGUAUGAGAGAAGUAUGGCACCAGCUGAACAGAAAACGGUUGCCAAACUCAGGGGUCAAUUUAGACAACUUGAGGGGAAUCCCCAGCAAUUGCUGAGAGAAUUCCAGAGAUAUAAAUCCCUCAUCAAGAGACCAGGUAUCAGUAAAGAAAUGGUUGGAGAGAGAGAGACAUUGCUUGGCCAGCUGACUGUACAUCAGAAGUCAUUGCAACAGAACUUCAGUGACGCCAGUGGUGGGAGAGCACCCAAGGGAAAGAACUUGCCUGAGUUUGUCAACACCAUUGUGUAUGUGAGGCAGAUAGAAGCAAAGCUAGAAGAGAACAUAAAAACUGCAGAAAGUUUACUCAGUGAUCUGAGUGGAUUCCAGAGAUUUAGAAAGGAUGCUACUGAGUUCCUUGAUGAGAUGGUCAAUUGGAGACAGGAGGCUUUUGAUGAGUGGUCACGUGACAUACAGGCGCUCAUUGAUGACACGAAAAAACCUCUUAGUUUGGAGACAAAUGGUAGACUGAUGGAGUUGGACACAAAGAGUGGAGAAUUGCGAGUGAACUAUGGUGACAGACUGGUCACACUGAUGAGGGAAGUGAGGCAGUUAUCUGCCCUUGGUUUUGCUGUUCCUGCCAAGAUACAACAUGUUGCAUCCACAGCACAGAAAUUCUACAGGCACGGAUGCAUUCUGAAGCAGGUUGCUCAUUUCUAUAACACGAUUGAUCAGCAGAUGAUUCCCAGUCAGAAAACAAUGAUGUUAGAGGCUGCCUUACAGUUUGAGAAACUGGCAAAAAAUCCCAAAACUGGAGCUAAGGUAAAAGGAGAGGAUGUGUUGGUGACGUGGGACAACCCAGAGGAGUUAGAGAUCUACAUCAGGAAGCUGCAAACCGCAGCAGAGAAACUUACAACAAUGAACAGAAAACUCCGGAAAUCUCACUUUGAUAUAAAUGACAAGGUUCAGCAGUUGAUGAGUGUAGACUUGUUGAGACAGGACAAGAAGUGGAAGGAGAUAUUGACAGACAUUAGAUACUCUAUGACUGAAAUCACAGCAAAGCAAAACAUCCCUCCAGAGCACAUGGCUCCAUGGAAAUCUCACUGGGACAGACAGCUGUACAAGGCCCUGGAGUUCCAGUAUAAGAUGGGGCUUGAAUCCCUCAAUGAAAACCUGCCUGAGAUCAGAGUGGAUCUUACAUACAGUAAGAACAAGCGUAGUAGAAGUUUCUUUAGCAAAAGACAAAGACAUCUACAGUUCAACCCAGCGUUCGAAGAGGUGAAGGCUAAAUACUUCCGUGAGUUGAAGAAAUUUAUUGGGAUCCCAAAUGUGUUCCGAGGUGUAGGGGAUGGGACUGAGAAGACGAUAUUCCCGGCAAUCAUUGAUAGAAAUGCCCAGGGAUUUUUUGGCUGUUACCAGAAAGGAGAGGCUCUCUUCACCAGACUGAGUGGUAUCCUGGAACAGUUCAAGGAGUGGGUUGUUCUCGGGUCAAUAGACCUGGAUGAUUUUAUUGACGAGAAUCUUAAAGAACUGUCUGACUGGGAGAAGAACUUCAAGGCUCUCAAAAUGCGAGGCAAGAAUGCUGAAAAAUUGCCAAAUGAGAUCAAGGUUGACUGUAUCACGGUGAACACGAUGCCAGUGAAGGCUGUGAUUGAUGACCACAUACAGAGAUUGUUUGAUUCGUUGAUGAACUCGCUGAGGAAGGCAAUCACCAAGGAGGUGACAGAGAUAGAGACAUUCCUCAACAUGUCAAUGGAGACACUCUCCAAACGCCCACAGACCACAGAGGAGAUUGGCGAGGCUAAUGCCAAACAUGCUGAAUUUGCCAAGACCAAGAAACAGAUCAAACCAUUGUUUGACAAAGCUGAAGCAAAGAACAAGCUGCUACGUACAGUAGCUGGUGGUGGUGUGGACUCCCUGAACCACCUGUUAGCAAGAUGGGACAAGUUUGAGCUCAUGAUGGAAAGUCAUCAACUCAUGGUCAAAGAACAGGUUGAAGUAAUGAAAGGUAAUGUAGACUCCAGGGUGAAGGCCUUCAAGCAGGACAUGGAAAAGUUUGCUGCCCGUUGGCACCAGUUGAAGCCAGGUGAUGAUGCCCUCGAGGGUGACAAAGAGAAGACCAAGCAAGCUAUACAGAUCAUCAAAGAGAAAAGACAAGAAUUCCAGGAACUGGAAGAAAACAGGAAGAAAAUUGUCACUGAUCUGGAACAUUUUGACAUGGCAAUUCCAAACUUUGACAUGGCAGAUGAGAUCAGCAAGGAUCUAUCAGAGUUUGAGGCAAUGUGGUUCUUACUAGAAGAGUUUAACAGUGGGCUACAGGAACUAGCUAAGGAGGACUGGAUCUCAUUUAGAAGCAAGACGUACAUGUUUGAAGAGUUCCUCAGUGGGUGGUACGAGAAGUUGAAGGAAAGAGAGGCCACCACUAUGACUGUGAGGCUUCACAAGGACAUUGAAACAUACAAGAAUGUGAUGCCAGUGUUGAAAUGGGUGCGAGGAGAACCGUUGUCUCAGGACCACUGGUUGGAGUUGUUCCGAAUGUUGAAGAUGCCACGUGGCACCACCCUGGAGAAGCUUACAUUUGGACAUGUCCUCAAUGCCAGUGACAAUAUUAUAGCUAAUGCUGAUGCCCUCAAGGAAUUGAACCAGAGAGCCCAGGGUGAGGUGACUAUCAGGGAGGCCAUCCGGGAACUUGACCUGUGGGGAGCAGCAGCCCAGUUCACAUUGACAGAGUACGAGGACAGUAACAAGAAUGUGAUACAUCUAAUCAAAGACUGGAAAGAUCUUGUUAACCAGGUGGGAGACAACCAGAGUCUGCUGCAGUCUCUGAAGGAUUCCCCUUACUACAAGAGCUUCGAGGACAAGGCCUCGGUGUGGGAACAAAGACUGGCUGACCUGGAUGAGUACCUGCACAAUCUCAACCAGAUCCAGAGAAAGUGGGUUUACCUUGAACCUAUCUUUGGACGUGGAGCUCUCCCCAAGGAGCAAGGAAGAUUUAAGAGAGUGGAUGAUGAUUACAGAGCCAUUAUGAAGGAUGUUAGACGAGACAACAGAGUUCUGUCCCUUGUCAACAAGGCUGGCCUCAGAAACCAGCUGACCACUAUGUUAGAUCAGCUACAGAGAUGCCAGAAAUCACUCAAUGAAUUCCUCGAGGAGAAGAGAUCACUGUUCCCCAGAUUCUACUUCAUCGGAGAUGAUGACUUGUUGGAGAUCCUUGGACAGUCAACAAACCCUAAUGUUAUCCAGACCCAUCUGAAGAAGUUGUUUGCCGGAAUACACAGUGUCAACUUUGAUGACAACUGUAAACAUAUCGUAGCUAUGAAAUCACUACAAGGUGAGGUUGUUCCACUGAAGAGGAAAGUACAGAUUGUGCCAGAGGUUGAGUCCUGGUUGGGAAGACUGUCUGAGGAGAUGAAGGACACACUGAAGGAACUGUUGAAUGAAUGUCUGAGAGACGCCAAACAGAGCAAGGGAGGACUAGACCCUAACAAAUAUCCUUCACAGAUUCUCUGUCUAGCUGAACAAAUCAGAUUCAGUGAGAACUGUGAAGCAGCUAUCAAACAAGGAAAUCUGAUGAACUUUGGCAGGGAGGUUGAAGGUCAGCUUGAGGGAUACACCAGUGUUGACCUUGGAGAGGUUGGCGCCGAUGAGGAGGCUCUGGUACUGGACCUGAAGCUUAAGGCACUGAUCCUAGACACGAUCCACAACAUGGACGUGAUACAUCAUCUUCUCAAAGCCAACAUCAAGAAUGCUGGCGAAUGGAUCUGGCAGAAACAACUCAGGUUCUAUAUGAGAAGAGACAAUAUCUGUAUCAUGAGGAUGGUGGAUGCAGAGUUUGAGUAUACAUAUGAGUACCAGGGGAAUGCACAGAAACUUGUGCAUACUCCACUCACGGACAAAUGUUACCUCACACUUACACAAGGUAUGCAUAUGGGUCUGGGCGGUAACCCUUACGGACCUGCUGGUACAGGAAAGACUGAGUCUGUGAAAGCCCUUGGUGGACUGUUUGGUAGACAAGUGUUGGUCUUCAACUGUGAUGAGGGUAUAGAUGUGAAGUCUAUGGGUCGUAUCUUCAUUGGUCUGGUGAAAUGUGGUGCCUGGGGAUGUUUUGAUGAGUUUAACAGGUUAGAGGAGGCCGUGCUGUCAGCAGUAUCCAUGCAGAUCCAGGUCAUUCAGGAUGCCAUCAAGAACAGACUUCCUCAUGCCGAACUGCUUGGCAGAAAUGUGAACAUUGAUCACAACUCUGGUAUCUUCAUCACAAUGAACCCAGCGGGUAAAGGUUAUGGAGGUAGACAGAAGUUGCCGGACAACUUGAAACAGCUGUUCCGUCCUGUGGCCAUGUCUAAACCUGACAACGAACAGAUUGGUGAGGUCAUCCUGUUCUCUGAGGGCUUUAAACAGGCCAAGAGUUUGGGUCGUAAAUUGGUGGCCAUCUUCAACCUAUCUAGAGAGUUGUUAUCACCCCAGCAGCACUAUGACUGGGGAUUGAGAGCCCUGAAAACUGUACUACGAGGAUGUGGAAACCUGCUACAGAUGAAGAAAAAAGCAGAAUCUGGGAAGAUAGAUGGUGGUAUGGAAGCCAAACUGGUUGUGCAGGCACUGAGGAUCAACACCAUCUCCAAACUGACUUUCUCAGACAGUGUCAGGUUUGAUGCUCUGGUGAGGGAUGUGUUCCCCAACAUAGAAUUUAAGGACAUAGAGUAUGAGACCCUGGCAGAAGCAAUAAGAACGGUUUGCAAGGAAACAAAUCUGGUAGCCAAUGAAAUGCAGAUCAAGAAAGCACUAGAACUGUAUGAACAGCUUAGACAGAGGACUGGUGUGGUGGUAGUUGGUCCUAGUGGCUCUGGCAAGUCCACCUUGUGGCGCAUUUUAAGGCUUGGACUUCACAAACUGAACAAGACGGUAAAGCACUAUACCAUGAAUCCCAAGGCAAUGCCGAGGACCCAGUUGCUAGGUCAGAUUGACAUGGAUACGAGAGAAUGGACUGAUGGUGUACUGACUUACAGUGCUAGACAGGUGGUGAAAGAACCUCAGGAGGUUCAGUCUUGGAUUAUUUGUGAUGGAGACAUCGAUCCCGAAUGGAUUGAGUCCCUGAACUCUGUCCUUGAUGACAACCGUCUUCUCACCAUGCCAUCGGGAGAGCGUAUCCAGUUUGGACCGAAUGUCAACUUCCUGUUUGAGACACACGAUCUGAGCUGCGCAUCCCCGGCUACAAUCUCCAGAAUGGGAAUGAUCUUCCUGAGUGAUGAGGAUACAGAUGUGAAGGCAUUGAUACAUUCAUGGAUCAGUGAGGUACCUGAGUCAGAGCAGCAAGUUUUGGCUGGUUAUAUUGAGGACUACUUCUACAAGGCGCUUGACUGGGUCCUUAAACAGAAUGACUUUGUUGUGGAGACAAGCCUGGUUGGUGUGGUACUCAAUGGACUGUCACAUCUCAGUCAUGUGCGUAACAAGUCACACUUUGCUAUCUGUCUCAUCAGAGGUCUGGGAGGAAACUUGAAUGAGGCUUCAAGGGAAAACUUCGCUAAAGAGGUAUUCCAUAUGUGUCAGGAAACGCCGCCCGACUCUCGGCGCCCACUGGACACCUACUAUGACGAGGACAUGGGUCGACUACAGACAUACAGCUUGGAGAUUCAAACUUUUGUUCGUGGGACAGCAGUUGACUUGUCACCUGACCACUUCAACAACAGUACCUCACUACCUGUUAUCAGGACUUCUGAUGUACAGAGAGCAAUGGACUUUUUCUCCCCAUGGCUGGCUCCAGACAACAAACAGCCCUUCAUACUGGUUGGACCUGAGGGAUGUGGAAAAGGGAUGAUGUUGAAGCAUUGCUUUGAACAGUUACGCUCCACCUCGGUGGCUGUUGUGCACUGUAGUGCUCAGACCAGCCCCACCCAUGUGCUGCAGAAACUCAGUCAGACGUGUAUGGUGCUCAACACCAAUACUGGGAGGGUGUACAGACCCAAGGAUUGUGAGAGACUGGUUCUAUACCUGAAGGAUAUCAACCUUCCUAAACCUGACAAAUGGGGAACCUGUCAGCUCAUUGCUUUCUUGCAACAGGUUGUGACAUACAAUGGUUUCUAUGACAGCAACUUAGAGUGGGUGGGGUUAGAAGGUGUACAAAUUGUUGCCAGUAUGAAUGCUGGAACAUCCCUGGGACGGCACAAACUGACACCGAGAUUCACAUCAGUUGUCAGGAUCUGCUGCAUUGGAUAUCCAGACAGAGAGCAGCUACAGUCUAUCUACAGUUCAUACCUGAAACCUAUCUUACACCGCCAGCUGUCCCGCCACCCGGUCUGGAGCAACAACUCCAAGAUACACGCCCUAGCAGGAUCUAUGGUACAACUGUAUGAUGAGCUGAAGUCAAGGUUCACUGUGGAUGACUACAGUCACUACCUGUUCACCCCUCGUGACCUUACAACCUGGGUGCUUAGUUUCCUUAGAUAUGACCUGACUGGUGGAGCCAAGGAAAACACCAGCGAUCAUGUGCUAGAGGUCUUUGCUUAUGAAGCUCGGAGAUUGUUCCGAGAUCGUAUUGUUGGACAGGAUGGGGAGAACAAGUUUGACAAUAUUCUCAUGAAUGUUGUCAGGGGUGAUUGGUCUGCAAACAUAUUUGAUGAUCUAGAAAAAGAAUUCUUUGUUACAUGGGGCGCGCGGAGAGAUUCAUCUGCUCCGUCUGCUGCUGGGGCACCUCUACCGCCUAGUGGGAAGCACCUGGGAAAACUGAAUGCUGAAGAUCUCAAAGCUAUCAUUGAGAAGGGAAUCAGAUUCUAUGAGCGAGAUAAUCGUGACCUAGACAUUUUGAUUUUCCAUGAGGUUUUGGACACCAUGGCCAGAGUAGAUCGUGUUCUUACCAAGCCUGGCGGCUCACUCUUGAUGGCAGGUCGCAGUGGUGUUGGACGUCGGACAGCCGUCUCCCUGGUAACACAUAUGCAUCAGAUGCAGCUGUUUACACCAAAAAUAUCAAGAGGAUAUGCCAUCAAACAUUUCAAAAAUGACCUCAAAACUGUGAUGCAACAAGCAGGAAUAGAUGGAGAGCAAGUUGUCUUGCUACUGGAGGAUCAUCAUUUUGUGGAUCCUACCUUCCUGGAGCUGGUCAACAGCCUUCUGUCUGCUGGAGAGGUACCGGGACUGUACACGCCGGAGGAGCUCGAACCCAUACUGAACCCACUGAGAGACAUGGCGUCAGAGGCAGGAUUUAGAGGCACCCUAAUCAACUUCUUUGCCCAGAGGAUCAAAGCCAACCUUCAUAUAGCACUGAUUAUGGACUGUACAAACAACAAGUUUAUUUUGAACUGUGAGAGUAACCCAGCUCUAUACAAGGAGUGUGCUGUACAAUGGAUGGAAGGCUGGAGUAGGGACAGCAUGAUCAAGAUCCCAUACAUGCUGCUAACCAAACCACCAAAGAUAGAAGGGGCAAGUAUUGGAGAGACAAAGCAACACAAACGUAAACUCUCCGGAGGGGAGGAGCUACUAAAGGGUUUUCUGCAUGUGCACGAAUCUGCUGCCCAAGCUAAUAUGGGGGCCACACCCAGAAGAUACAUUGCCUUCCUUAACACGUACCAGCAGGUGUAUAGUAACAAGAAAAGAGGCAUUGAGACCAGACAGCACCAUCUACAGGCUGGUGUUUCCAAGUUGAAUGAAGCUAAGCAGUUGGUAGAUGAGUUGAAGAGAAAGGCCGGUGAACAGAGUGUGCUUCUGGCAGAGAAACAGAAUGAAGCUGACCAGGCACUCUCACAUAUCACAGAGAGCAUGCAGAAUGCGAAUGAGCAGAAGAACGAGAUGGAAGUACUGAAACAGCAGGCAGCUGAGGAGAACAAGAUACUGGAUAAACGGAAGAGAGCUAUUGACAAGGAGCUUGCCGAAGUCGAACCUCUCGUGCAGGAAGCACGUAAAGCUGUCGGCAACAUCAAGACGGAAUCUCUGUCGGAGAUCAGGUCUCUCCGUGCUCCUCCGCCAGUUAUCAGGGAUAUUCUGGAGGGUGUUCUCAGACUCAUGGGAAUCUAUGAUACAUCCUGGGUUAGCAUGAAAAGUUUCCUGGCAAAGAGAGGAGUGAAGGAAGAGAUUCAGACGUUUGAUGCACGAGGUAUCAAUCCCAAAAUUAGAGAAGAUGUUGAAGUCCUAUUGAAGAAAAACAAGGACUCCUUUGACAGUAAGAGUGCAAGAAGGGCUUCUGUGGCAGCAGAACCUCUUGCUGCCUGGGUUAGAGCCAAUGUACAGUACUCCUAUGUCCUGGAGAAGAUUGAGCCACUGGAGAAGGAACAAAAUGACCUAAAGAAGAAUCUGCAUAAGGCUGAGUCAAGAAUGGAGAAGCUGAGUCGAGCCCUGGAUGAAGUAGACCAGAAGGUAGCUCAGUACAGACACAGGUUUGAGACCCUCACCAAGGAAGCGGCAGAGCUGAAGAUCAAACUGGACAAGGAGAAUGAGACUAUUAUAGCUGCAGAGACACUUGUCUCAAAACUUGAUGGAGAGUACACUCGCUGGAACAGUCAGGUGGGAGAGUUAGAUAUGGAGCUAAAGGAACUCCCUAAGAGGGUUUUGUUGGCAUCAGGGUUUGUGGCAUACCUGUCUCAGGCCUCUGAAGAUGUGCGCCACUCAUGCCUUACCAACUGGCGCGAAGCUCUGGGGAUCAAUGCUUUUGAGAUGAGACGCUUCUUGUGUACAGAGAGUGAGCAGCUUAUCUGGAAAGGUGAAGGUCUGCCCUCGGAUGACCUUUCAGUGGAAAAUGCCAUUGUCAUUCUGCAGAUUACCGACAUAUCUCCAGGGAGUACACUGAGACCGUUCCUGGUAGAUCCGUCAUCCAGGGCCACUGACUGGCUUAAAACUCAUCUGAAAGAAAGUAGACUUGAGGUCAUCAAUCAACAGGAUGCUAACUUCAGUACUGCACUAGAGCUUGCCGUGAGGUUUGGGAAGACAUUGAUUAUUCAGGAAGUUGAUGGUGUCGAGCCGGUACUGUAUCCUCUACUUCGAGGAGACCUAGUAUCACAAGGUCCACGACAUGUGGUACAGAUCGGGGAGAAGACCAUUGACUACAAUGAAGAGUUCCGUCUGUUCCUGACAACACGUAACCCUGCUCCCGAGAUACCGCCUGAUGCUGCAUCAGUCAUCACUGAAGUCAACUUCACUACAACUAAAGCUGGUCUUACAGGACAGCUCCUUGCUGCAACUAUCCAACAUGAGAAACCAGAGCUGGAGGAGAAGAAGACCUCACUUCUGAAACAGGAGGAAGAUCUAAAAAUAGAACUGGCAAAAUUGGAGGAAUCCCUCCUUGAGGAGCUGGCAAAUGCUAAAGGGAAUAUUUUGGAGAACAAGGAGUUGUUGGACUCUCUGAACAAGACAAAGGCCAGCAGUAUCACUAUAGCGGAUUCUCUGGCUGAGUCUGUCAGGCUUCAAACCUCGCUAGAUCAGGAACGGAACAUUUAUCUCCCCCUGGCUGAGAAUGGAAGUGCCUUGUACUUCGUGAUCAGUGAUCUGGCCAAGAUCAACAACAUGUACCGCUUCAGUCUGGCAGCAUUCCUGCGGCUGUUCCAGCGUGCCCUUGACACACGCCAGGAUGGUGGUGGAAUGGAUCACAGGAUCAAGAGUCUGGUAGCGCACCUGCAGCAGCUGGUGUAUGAGUACGUUUGUCGGUCACUGUUCAAGGCAGACAGGCUUAUGUUUGCAAUGCACAUGGUGCAUGGAAUGAAACCGGACAUGUUUGAAGAAAAUGAAUGGGAGACAUUUAAUGGUAUGCUGGUAGCAGAUGUGAAAUCCGACCCUUCAAAGAGCAUACCACACUGGGUAGAACCCGAGAGAGCUCAUGCUGUAGCAAAUCUCAAGUCUAACAUAGGAAAGCUGUACAAUGCUCUGGGCCUGGAGGAUGGAGGAACAUGGUCAAACUUUGCCAGGAGUAGCCAGUGCGAGCAGGAGAUUCCAUCGUCAAUAGAGAAAAGAAUCUCUCUGUUCCAACAAGUAUUAUUGGUGCAGGCCAUCAGACCAGACAGAUUGCAGAGUGCCAUGGGACUGUUCGCUUGCAGAGUUUUAGGCAUGCAAGAGUUGUCUCCUCCAUCUGUGAAUCUGAAGAAGCUGUAUGAACAUGAGACGCUGCCAGAGGAACCAAUACUGAUAGUUAUCUCCCCUGGUGCUGAUCCCUCACAGGAGUUAAAGGAACUGGCUGAUGAUACAGUUGGACAUGACAGAUAUCAUCAGGUUGCUAUGGGUCAAGGACAAUCGGAGAUUGCGAUGCAGUUGUUGCGUGAUUGUUCUCAAAAUGGAGAUUGGUUGUGUCUGAAAAAUCUCCAUCUUGUAACUGCCUGGCUUCCAUCUUUAGAGAAGGAGAUUAACACAUUGAAGCCUCACAAAGACUUCAGAUUAUGGAUGACUGCCGAGGUACAUCCGAAAUUUCCCACAAUUCUGCUUCAAUCCAGCUUGAAGAUCACUUAUGAGGCUCCUCCUGGAGUGAAGAGAAAUCUGCUGAGAACUUACGAAUCUUGGUCACCGGAGUAUGUAUCCAAGGGAGGUAAUAUUGUACGCUCACAAGCAUUAUUUGCCCUUGCCUGGUUCCAUGCAGUUUUACAGGAGAGAAGAAUGUAUAUACCACAGGGUUGGACAAAAUUCUACGAGUUUUCCCUGUCAGAUCUACGUGCUGGCGCUGACAUUAUUGAUAGACUUUGUAUUGGUUCUCAAGAGGUUCAGUGGCAGUUUAUCCAUGGUUUGUAUGAGUUGGCUAUAUAUGGAGGCAGGGUAGAUAAUCCAUUUGAUAUAAAUGUGAUGAAGGCCUAUGUGUUACAGUUCUUUGACCCAGCGACACUCUCCCAAGGAGCUAAAAAUAAACGUCUAGGACCUCUUAGACUGCCAACAUCUACUAACUAUAGGGAUUAUUUGGAAGUGAUCAGUGCUUUACCAGAGUUUGACAAGCCAUCGUAUUUUGGUUUGCCAGAGAAUAUAGAGCGCUCAGCUCAGCGUAUCAUCAGUAGUCAGGUUAUCUCCCAGCUCAAGGUUCUACAGCGUGCUGAUGUGAAAGCCAGCAAGUUCGAUAAGGAGAUUUGGGCAACAGAACUUGGACCAUUACUUACACAGUGGAAGAAACUUAACACUACAUUUUUGGAAGAUGUUUUGGAGCCUAUGGGUAUCAAUCUAAUUCAGACAAAGGUGGCGCCACCUGUUGAGAAGUCGGGCAGUGAGUCACCCAUAGUCUCGUUCAUACAGCUUGAACGUUAUAAUGCUAUUAAACUUGUGCAGAACGUCCAUCAAUCUCUAGCCUCUCUCAGUAAGGUUAUACGAGGAACUCAGCUACUUAGUAAAGAUGUACAGGACCUUGCUGCCGCCCUGUUAAAUCAAGAGACUCCCUUGAGUUGGCAAGCCAAGUGGGACGGACCAGAGGAUCCAGUACAAUACCUGAGGGGUCUGGUUUCCCGUGCUGUAGCUGUAAAUACCUGGGUUGAUAAGGCACAGAACAAUUCCCUGCUUCGUGAUACACUUGAUCUAUCAGAACUUUUCAGACCAGAUACAUUCCUUAAUGCUCUACGUCAGCAAACUGCCAGAGAGCUUGGCUGUUCUAUGGACAGUCUGAAGUUCUGCUGUAGCUGGAAGGGGUCUCUACAAGGGGCCAAAUUUAAUGUUAAGAUUGGAGGUCUACAGUUAGAAGGUUGUAGUUUUGAUGGAACAAGACUUUCCGAGAAUCAGCGUGACUCACCUAGUAUCUCUGGUAUACCGCCUUGCAUGGUGGCUUGGAUAAAGGAUGAUACACCUGACCCGUAUGGUGUGGACGAGACAAUUUCCAUUCCCAUCUACUACAGUGCCGAUAGAGAUCGUAUCAUCACUAAGCUUAAUGUACCCUGUGGUGGAAACAAGUCUCAGUGGGUACAGUGUGGAGCAGCUCUCUUCCUCAAGGCCCACUAGAGGUCAUCUCAACUAGGGGUCAAGGUCACUUACAUAGACAGAAUUACACAAGACUACUUAAACAUUGUCAAUAUAUAUACCCGUAUUUUAAAGAUACAGAUGAUAAAAAAGAUAGCCUUUCACACUGGACAGUGAGAAAAUCUAUAACAUAUAUUUUAGUACUGAAAGAGAUAUGGAAAGAGAUAACAUUGUACAAGGACUGUGUGGUUCCAGCUGACCUCUUAUUUGACAGUUGUUGACGAAUUGACUUGUUUUGUGUUGUUGCACUAAGUUUUACAUUCCAUCCACUUGGACUUCUGUUGUGUGUUAAUUAUCACUGUGAUAUUUCUUUUUUGUGCCCCCCCAUGAGUGGUGGGGGCAUAUAGAUUUGCUCUUGUCCGUGAGUCCGUCCGUGUGUCCGUGCGUCCGUCCGAAGUUCGUGACGCGCCUUUCUCAAAAGUAUUUGAUAUAAAUUGAUGAAACCUUGCAUAAGUCUUUAUCAUGAUAUGAACUUGCGCACCUUUUAUUUUUCGUCUGGCUCCGCCCCCUGAUUUUAGAGUUAUGGCCCCUGAAACAGUAAAAAAUGCACAUUUUCACCUUGUGACACGCCUAGCUCAAAAAGUAUUUGAUAUAGAUUCUUGAAACCUUGCAUGAGUCUUAAUCAUGAUAUGAACUUGCGCACCUCCUAUAUUUCAUCUGGGUCGGCCCCUUAUUUCUAGAGUUAUGGCCCCUGAAAUAGUCAAAAAUGCACAUUUUCACGUUUUGACGCCUAGCUCAAAAAGUAUUUGAUAUAAAUUGAUGAAACCUUGCAUGAGUCUUUAUCAUGAUAUGAACUUACGCACCUCCUAUUAUUCGUCUGGCUUCGCCCCCUAUUUUUAGAGUUAUGGCCCCUGAAAUAGUCGAAAAUGCACAUUUUCACCUUGUGACACGCCUAGCUAAAAAGGUUUUGAUAUAGAUUCAUGAAACCUUGCAUGAGUAAUAAUCAUGAUAUGAACUUGCGCAUCUCCUAUUUUCAGUCUGGGUCUGCACCCUAUUUCUAGAGUUAUGGCCCCUGAAAUUGUCAAAAAUGCACAUUUUCACGUUGUGACACGCCUAGCUCAAAAAGUAUUUGAUAUAAAUUGAUGAAACCUUGCAUGAGUCUUUAUCAUGAUAUGAACUUGCGCACCUACUAUUUUUCAUCUGGGUCUGCCCCCUAUUUCCAGAGUUAUGGCCCCUGAAAUAGUAAAAAAAUGCACAUUUUCACCUAAUUAUAUGCCUCACUCAGAAAGUAUUUAAUUUAAAUUAAUGAAACCUUGCUUAAGUCUUUAUCAUAAUGUGACCUUGCACACUUGGCAUUCUUCUUGAGAAUUUUAGCGUUUAUUACAGAGUGAUGGCCCUUGAAAUAGCCAAAAUAGUGGAUUUUUUGUUUGUCAUGCUCAUAGCUCAAAAUGUAUAUGGUAUAGAAUAAUGAAUCCUUUUCAUUAUUUUGUUUUGAGGCUAUAAGACUGCAAACAUUUGAAUUAUUUCCACUUAUUUGUGACAAAUGUACCAGUGGGGGCACACCCUGUGUCCUACAGACACAUUCUAGUUUUUCUCUGCGUCCAAAUUCAGCUUUAACGCUUUAACGAUAGAGUUUAAUUUAUAUAAUUAUAUUUAUAUACUUCAAAUGUAGAACUGUUACAGUUAUUUGUUUGUCUUUUUCUAUCAGACUGCUUGUAAAACUGAAUUUAAGGACCAGUCUUAGAAUGCAAGCUAGCCAUUGGUUAGUUUUAAAUCCGUUGUUAGAAACAACCAAUCAGUUGCUGAUGUUUUGAUACUGGUCAGCUUGUUAGCUUGCCUAUUUGAAAUUUUUGAAAUUUCAGAAA